CCCUCACGUUCCUGAACUGGAGGCUCAGGCAGCAAAUAAUAUAUUAAACUCAAUGAAGGAAAGAGAGCAUCCUGUAGCAAAUGGUUCAAUGCAAAGAGUGGCAGAGCUGGGGCUGUGGCGGUGCUAUAACGAGAGCACGUGAGGGGUGAAGAAGAUGCCUUUUGAGUUUCAAUGAUUCACCCCUCACGAAUUUUGCAGCGGCUUGAAAGCCCGCCUCUCACCAGCUGACCGCUAGCAGCACCCGCCUCAUAUUGCAUUCUGCUCAUUGUGGUGAUGGCAAUACUCUCGGCUUCCGCUCUGCGAUACUUGCAGGAAUUGGAAUCUUGCAGGAGAGCACAGGACGGAGUGCUCAGGAAGAUCAACAAAAUCCAUCUGAGGCUGGGCGAAACAGAUGUGAUAAAAGCAGAGAAGUUCAAAGAGGAGCUGUGGAGCAGGCUGCGGGGCUUUUACGUGGAGGCCAGAGAGCUCGCUGAGAGGGAAGAGAAGUUGGCUGGCCAUUGCAUGCAGGAGAUUCAAACUCAGCUGCUACCAGGACAACUCCCUCCGCUCAAGCAAAAACAUGAGCCUUCAGAGAAGAAGCGCAAGGUAAAGACAGAGGGGUCCAAUCGGAUGAUAAACAUAAAUGGAGACUGGAACUCGCCAUCCCCAUCUCCAAGGAGCAGAGACUCCCCUAACGUUGUCAUUGGGGAACAGGUGUCUGCUCGUGUUAGUCCUGAUGAUGCGCCUGCUGACGAGUGGAUCCUGGUGAAAGUGACAAAGUACGACGCUGAGGGCAGGAGGUACUGGGUGGUCGAUGAAGAAGUCGGGGAGAACGCAGAGCCAAGGCGGUACGUCCUUCCGGCGGCUUGCAUCAUUGCGCUUCCGAAGCCCACCCAGUCGGAAGCUAACCGGGCGCCCGAGUAUCCCCCUGGGAGCAUGGUGCUGGCGGUGUAUCCGGGCACGACGGCUCUCUACCGAGCCAGAGUCGCCGGGUCACCUCGCAAGAAGAAGACCGACGAUUACCUCCUCGAGUUCGACGACGACGAAGAGCCCGGCGUCGAGGGUCUGCCCAAGCGCCCGGUCCCUUUCCACCACGUGGUUCCCUUGCCCCCGACCCACCGCAAAUAGACGCAACCGGCCUGAGUCACAGCCCGACUCUCUACCGGUGCACAGCCCCCGGCCUAAGCGCCUUAAGUCGAGCGCUCGCAAGAGGCCCACCGCCGGAGAGCAGAAUGUGCGUUAGCAUCUCGCUGCCUCCGACCGCUUGGGCUUCUGCAUCGGAGCAAAGCCGUCCGAUCUGGUUUGUGCUGCCGUAUGGCUUCUUUAGCACAAACGAUUGGCGUCGACAAACAAUCACGAGAAACAAGGUCCGGCGUUUUCGAUGCGCAAAAGGCGUGCAAGCAUUUCUGAGCAGUUGGAGGCGCGGUCACGUGCAGCGCCUGCCAGUGAAACGCUCACGGGCUGGCUCAGCUGACGUAAUCGCCUUCGAGAACCACACGGUGUCCGGCUGCAAUGACACUCCAACUUCAGUCUUCAACCUGCAAGGCUUGAGGAUCUUCAAUCAGAUCCCUAACUUGUAAGCUUGACUUGUUACUUACGAUGCAGUUUAACGAGCAAUUUCCAGGUGGCGCCUUUUGGAGGUAGCUUCCAGAAAUCGAGUUGCUCUUGUUGGACUCUCUGUCGUGCUGCUCCUUGAUAUUUCAUACAGCUUUGUUAUAC